AUAUAUUUCACGUGAAUUAUAAAAUUAACCUUGAAUCAAACGGGAUAACAAACAGCAAAUUAUAAAAUAAAUCUGCUCCUUGAAAUUAUUAUGCCUUAGUAAUAAUUAUCAUAAAAAGCCUUUGUUUACAAACAAUAAAAAAAAAUGUGGUCACAUUUAGAACGUGGCAGUUCCCCAGUGGACUGGUGUGAAUCGAAUUAUUCUAUAUCACCAGUUAUAGCCGAAUUUGUCAACACCAUUAGCAAUGUAUUGUUUUUCUUAUUCCCACCAGUACUCAUACAUUUAUUCCAAGAAUAUGCCAAAUUCUUUAACCCAGCCAUAAAUGUUCUGUGGGUUCUUUUAAUGGUCGUAGGACUGAGUUCAGCUUAUUUCCAUGCAACACUGAGUUUAGUGGGCCAAUUACUUGAUGAGCUUGCUAUUUUAUGGGUAUUCAUGGCUGCCUUUGCAAUGUUUUUACCUAAAAGAUAUUUCCCUAAAUUCUUAGGAGGAAACAGGAGGGUGUUAGCAUUCUAUUCGAGUGUGAUUUCUGUGGUGUCGACGGGACUUCUAGUGAUGCACCCGAAAGCGAAUGCAUUUGCUCUCAUGACGCUUGCUUUACCAGCAAUCGGGUUCUUGUGUAAAGAAUUAAACAGAGUAAAGUGUGCACGCGUUUAUCGUUUGGGCUUGCGAUGUGUGGCGGUGUGUUUCUUAGCAAUAUUCUCUUGGAUAAUAGACCGUAUGUUCUGCGAUACAUGGCUGUCCAUAGAUUUCCCAUACAUGCACGGUGUGUGGCAUAUUCUUAUAUUCAUAGCUAGUUACACUGCUCUCGUUCUCUUCGCAUACUUCAACGUGUCUGAGGAGCGACCCGAACAGAAACCUCAAUUGAAGUAUUGGCCCAGUAACAAUUUCGAACUUGGCGUUCCGUAUAUAACUAUAAAACAUCCGUGCAAGAAAGAUACACAUUUAGCCAUUUAAAUGGUUCUAUCUGUCAAUGAAUUAGUAUUGAAAUGCAAGUAAUGCAAUCAAAUCGUAUUAUAAUCGCACGUCAAUCUAACAGCAGCUCGACAUGUUACGUUGAAUUUAAUUUUUUUGUUUAAUUUGUCAGAUGUAUUGAAUAUGUCUGUGAGUGAUAAGACACGUUUGUAAGGCCUUUUUCUUCCUAAGUAGAGUUAGAUAACUUUGUUUUGUGUGAUCCUAAAACGUGUGCCAAUCUGUGAUUAUUAGGCUACUCAAGUGCAAUGAUAAAAUUAAUUAUUAUUAUUUUUAAAUUUAUACUUAUUCAUUUUAUUUUCAUGACAGCAGCUACCUGCACCUACACUUGCAAUAGCUCGACAAUUUAUUAUCUAUAUAAGUAUAUGCGGUAAGAUGUAAAUUAUUGGAGCUGAAAUAUCGAUGUAUUAUAUGUUAAGUCGUACCGUAACGUAUGCACAGAAUAUGGUCUUAUUGAUGAUAGUUUUAGAGAAUAUUAUGA